AUGCCUUCACAAGCUGAGCUCAAGGAAAUAUUUCUAUUGUACGACGAGGAAUUGGACGGUAAGAUUGAUGGUACUCAGAUCGGUGAUGUUGUACGAGCUGCGGGUCUUAAGCCAACCAAUGCUAUGGUUGUUAAAGCAAGUGGAAAUGAAUACAAACGAAAAGGUGAAAAACGUAUAACUUUCGAAGAGUGGAUGCCAAUUUAUGAGCAAUUGAGCAAAGAAAAGGAACAAGGAACAUUCCAGGAUUUCGUUGAAGGAUUGAAAGUUUUUGAUAAAGAAGAAACAGGAAAGAUUAUGGCAGCAGAAUUAAGGCAUGUCUUGAUGGCUUUAGGCGAACGUCUGACAGCUGAAGAAGCGGAUGAAAUAAUGAAAGGUUCAGAAGAUGGAGAAGGAAUGGUUUCUUAUGAAGCAUUUGUCAAGAAGGUACUGGCUGGACCAUUUCCGGAUGACUGA